CCAAGAUUGGAAAGAUGAAGACAAACACAGUCUUUCUGCUCCUGGGUGUAGUUCUGUGUCUGGCGCUGGUCAGUCAAGCUAACCAAGUAACAGUGCCCUGUAAGCAGCCUAAUGCAAUUCAUAAAACGUGCGGCACGGCUUGUCCAAUCACAUGUGCAAAUAUGAACCACCCGCCACCAGCGUGUACUUUUCAAUGUGUAGAAGGUUGCUUCUGUAAAGAUGGUUACUAUGCAAACAGUGUGCGACGGUGUGUCCGAAAAAGUGAGGCAGAAUUUAGAAUAUUGAAACCCCUCAAGAAACAUGUUCAGCAUUACACAGUUUGGUUAGUCCGUAUUUCAGGUUUCGGUGAACUUAAAAAGCAACAAAAGUUUGUGGUAAUUUUUGUAAACUUUGUUGACAUGUCAAAGCACGAGAAGGCUUUCAUGAAGGAUUUCCCACCUGGGAAUUUCAGUCUCACUCGACCAAUCACCACAGAUCUGGAAUUGGAGACUGAGUGCAGAUCCAAGAUUGGAAAGAUGAAGACAAACACAGUCUUUCUGCUCCUGGGUGUAGUUCUGUGUCUGGCGCUGGUCGGUCAAGCUAAGGAAGUAACAGUGCCCUGUAAUCAGCCUAAUGCAAUUUAUAAACCGUGCGGCACGGCUUGUCCAAUCACAUGUGCAAAUAUACACGACCCGCCAGAAACAUGUACUUCACAAUGUGUAGCAGGUUGCUUCUGUAAAGAUGGUUACUAUGCAAACAGUGUGCGAAGGUGUGUCCGAAAAAGUGAGUGCAGCUAAACAGUCUGCGCGCAGUGGGUGUGGCCAGCAACGCUGAUGAAAGUUCCCAAGAAUAAAGAUAUGUGGAUUAAGGAUCUUACAACACAUUAAAAUGCUAAAA